AUGAAAAGAUCAAGGCUUUGGGCAGACGACUCGGAGCUCGAUCUUCAACUCUUCAAGGUUGCGGCUGUACAAACCCUGCCCAACGGCAGAAUUGAAUGGCCGAAAGUCGCUAGAUUUGUUGCGGACGGGCAGUUUACUCAAGCUUCUUGUCGAAGUCGAUUUUAUUACUGCGUGAACCAAGGCGGAGCAUUCUGCCGCGAAAUUGAGGCGGUUCAGACCGCCGUCCGAGCAGCGCCAGGUGCAGUACAGCCAAGACACCAAGACCAAUGGGGUAAAUCAGGACGCGAGAUAGCGAAAGAGGUAGAAAGACAAGAGGACGAAUCCGAUAAUACAUCCAACUCAACUAGCGACUCCGAGGCGGAAGAGAGAACACAAGUCUCUGCACCAGCGGGAAAGAAGUCCAAAUGGUCAAAGAAGCAGAAAAACGACAAUAUAGAAACACGCAAGGAGAAGAAGAAGAGGUUUCGGAAGCAAAACAAGGUCGACGGUGGUGCUGCCUCCUCUCCAGCCUCGAGUGCUCUUUGCUCCGGUGCUCUUCCUCCUCUUCCGGCUAAGCAGCCUACGGUCGACGGUAGGGACUCGAGAAUGUCUAAUAUCGCAGAGAUUGCCCAGACAGAGAUCUUGAAGGCUAUUGGAAAUGCGUUGUUGCAAAAAGUAGGGCAAUAA